ACUUUUUUGGAGAACGUCUGGGGACAUGAUAGAAGGGUAAACCUAACUGAUAAACUGACCCAGAUAGAAUGUUUGCAUCGAGACAAUUUGCCCGUCUAUUUUCUACCUCACAGUCUUGGUACAACAGAAUGAAGGUUGCAGUGAUUGGUCAGAGUCUGUUUGGGGCAGAGGUUUAUCGACUGCUACAGAAGGACGGGCAUCACAUCGUAGGGGUGUUUACUGUUCCUGAUGUCAAUGGCAAACCAGACCCACUGGCCCUGGCAGCAGCUAAGGACAACAUCCCUGUAUUUAAGUAUAAGAGAUGGCAAGUGAAGAAGGUUGCUGUCCCUGAGAUUCUGGAGGAGUACAAAUCUGUGGGGGCAGAGCUAAAUGUCCUCCCAUUCUGCUCUCAGUUCAUCCCCAUGGAUGUCAUCAACUACCCUAAGUACCAAUCCAUAAUUUACCACCCCUCCCUCCUUCCAAGGCAUCGGGGAGCAUCAGCCAUUAACUGGACCUUGAUGCAGGGUGAUAAAACUGGGGGGUUCUCCGUUUUCUGGGCAGAUGACGGACUGGACACGGGACCAAUUCUCCUACAGAAGAAGUGCUACGUUUCCCCUGAUGAUACUGUGGACACUAUAUACAACCGCUUCCUGUUUCCAGAAGGGGUCAAAGCCAUGGGAGAGGCUGUCCAAAUGAUCCACCAGGGGAGAGCACCACGGAUUGUGCAGCCUGAAGAGGGCGCUACAUACGAUCCUCUACUGAAAAAGGCCAAUGUAAAGAUUGACCUGAAUCAGACAGCAGAAAACAUCCAUAACUUUAUCAGAGGCUGUGACAAAGUGCCAGGGGCAUGGAUUGAGAUCAAUGGGGAGAAAGUGACAUUAUUUGGGUCCAGACUUUGGAACAGAAUGGAGCCCAGGGGAACACAGGUGGAAGUACCAGGUGCCAGUAAGCCAGCUAUUGUACACAAGAAUGGUAUGGUCAUCUUCGGCAAUGAUGGGAAAAUGGUGAAUGUCAGUCAGCUUCAGUUUGAGAAUGGGAAGAUGAUCCAGGCGUCUAAGUUUGGGAAGGAAGACACAUCUCAGACAAAGUUAGAACUGGCCCCAGAGGAGGAAACCAUGAUCAAAAAUCUUAAGGUUGUAUGGGGUGGCAUACUGAACAUUGAAGUGGAUGAAGCCACUGAUUUCUUUAAGUCUGGUGCAGGCUCCAUGGAUGUUGUAAGGUUGGUGGAAGAGGUGAAGGAGAAAUGUAAUGGAGUUAGUCUACAGAACGAGGAUGUGUACAUGAAUGCUGGGUUUGAGGACUUUGCCAGUUGUGUGAUCCGUAGAUUCAGAGGAAUCGAGGAUAAGGAACCAUUCACAUUUGAUGCUGUAAACAUGAGAGUGAACAACAUGGAUUUAUCUUUCCCACACCAGUGCUUCAUCGACAACGAAUUCGUGGACUCGUCUGAUGGCAGGACAUUUGACACCAUUAACCCUAAUGAUGAGUCUGUGAUCUGUAAGGUAUCUAGGGGUACACCUGAGGAUGUCAACAGAGCUGUAGAAGCUGCCAAGGUUGCUUUCUAUGAAGGUGAAUGGGGGAAGAUGAAUGCCAGGGAUAGAGGGGCACUGAUGUUCAGACUGGCAGAUUUAAUGGAUGAGCACAAAGAAGAGUUAGCUACCCUGGAGAGUAUCGACUCCGGAGCUGUGUACACACUGGCCUUAAAGACACAUGUGGGGAUGUCUAUCGACACAUUCAGAUACUUCGCUGGCUGGUGUGACAAGAUUCAGGGUUUGACCAUUCCAAUUAACCAUGCCCGUCCAAACAAGAAUCUUACCUACACUAAGAGAGAGCCUAUCGGAGUGUGUGCUAUUGUGGUGCCAUGGAACUACCCUCUGAUGAUGUUAGCAUGGAAAAUGGCGGCUUGUUUGGCAGCUGGCAACACUGUGGUCCUAAAACCAGCACAGGUCACACCUCUGACAGCCCUCAAAUUUGCAGAACUUGUCGUCAAGGCUGGAUUUCCACCAGGAGUGAUCAACAUCUUACCUGGUCCAGGUUCCUCAAUUGGACAAGCCAUGUCCGAACAUCCAGAGAUCAGAAAGCUUGGAUUCACAGGGUCCACUCCUAUUGGAAAAACCAUCAUGGAAAGUUGUGCCAAAGCCAACCUGAAGAAGGUUUCUCUGGAACUGGGAGGGAAAUCCCCUCUGAUUAUUUUUAGUGACUGUGAUAUGGACAAGGCUGUUAGAAUGGGAAUGAGUUCUGUGUUUUUCAACAAGGGAGAGAACUGUAUAGCUGCAGGACGGCUCUUUGUUGAGGAAUCUAUCCACGAUGAAUACGUAGAACGCAUUAUUGGGGAAAUCAAGAAGAUGAAGAUCGGGGACCCCCUGGACCGCUCCACUGACCACGGCCCACAAAACCACAGAGCUCACCUGGAGAAAUUACUGGAGUACUGUGAAGUGGGGGUCAAAGAGGGGGCCAAGCUGGUGUAUGGGGGCAAGCAGGUAGACAGGAAAGGACUAUUCAUGGAGCCCACUGUAUUUACUGGUGUGGAGGAUCACAUGUUUAUUGCUCAGGAGGAGUCCUUUGGUCCGGUCAUGAUCAUCUCGAAGUUCCAAGAUGGGGACAUAGAUGGUGUGUUGAAGAGUGCAAAUGGAACAGAGUAUGGUUUGGCCUCUGGUGUGUUUACCAAUGAUAUCAACAAAGCUAUGUAUGUGGCUGAUCAUCUAGAUGCUGGAACUGUGUUUGUCAACACAUACAACAAAACAGAUGUAGCAUCUCCCUUUGGAGGUUUCAAACAGUCUGGGUUUGGAAAGGAUCUCGGUAUGGAGGCACUGACAGAGUAUCUCAAAACAAAAGCCGUUACUGUGGAGUAUGGACAGAGCAGCUGAGAGACUCGUACAGCCAAGAGAGAAGAUAACCAUGCAAGUUUAAAUUCUUAGGCUGUGAGUUUUAUACAUCCAUUCUGUUAAAAGAAAACUAAUUAUGAUGCAUAAAGAAACUUUUUUAAAAAACAUUUUUACAAUCUGUGCCAAGAAAGAAAUUUUUUCACAACCUCAUAAGAAUGUUCACAUCCUAGUUUUAGAAUUGAUUUUUACUCAGUUUUUUUUUUUUUAAGAUAAUAUUUUUUAAUAAUUGUGUGUUGUUAUGUAAUACUGAACAACUUUUAACAAUGAAUUGUAUUAAUGGCAUAGUUAAUUAUUUUUUUGAAUUGUUUUAUUCAUGUGUUUUUAGUAUUAGAUUUUAUUUUCCUGGCUUUAGAUGUAUUUGCCACUUUUUUGAUGCCAUUAUUGCAAUGCAUCAAAUCAUUGUUCAUCUUUUUUUCUGAUAAUUUUUAAAUUUAGUUGAAAAGAACCAAAGAAAUUAAUAAUUUUAAAAAACAAAUUCCAUCUUUGAUGUUUUUCAUUUCUAGUCAGCUGUGGUUGUUUGGGAUUGUCCAUGAUUUUUGUUUCUGUUGAAAGGUACAUGUACUAACUGUGACAUGUCUAGGGAGAACUACACAUCCAAUCAUUUCCUCCUAAGCUGUAAUCAAUUUCACCACACUGCACACUUAAGUAGUAGAUGUAACAUACACCUUUAGCACAUUUAGUUUCUAAGCAUAUCAGUAAUUAUGUUUUGGGGAAAAUACUCUUUAAAAAGAGUAGAUAUUUUUAUUUUAACCAUUUCAAAAAAAAAAAAAAAAAAAAAAGAAAAAAAAAAAAAGAAACUUAAAAAAAAAAACCACAAUAAAAGUAGAUUGUUGGAAAUGGAAUUUAUUGUUACAUUGUAGCUUUUAGAGGUGGUCAGUUUUGAUCAGAUGAAUAAAAAAAAAUAGCCAAUAUACACCCCAAAAGGUUAAUUUUAGAGCUUACCAAGCAUUUAGUUUGAAUUGUUUUAAGAAUUUGUUUUAGUGUUGUUUGAUAUGGCACAUACUUAUUUUGUUUGUUUUUUUUCCUUUUGGUUACUAGCAUUUUUAAGGCAUACUGUAGAAGUGUAGAAAUCAUGUUUUAAGCUUGAGGUAAAAUGUUGAUCUUGUCUGACAGUGAUUUUUGUACAUUUGCUUCCUUUAUUUAAAGGGAUAACACUUGCAUUUGGUCAAUUAUUAUUUUUACAAGUAUAUGAAGAUUUGUUGGUGAUUUUAAAUACUAGACUUUCCUUUCAUCAUGUUGGUUGUGCUUCAAGCUUUCACGCCCAGUGUGAUAAUAUAUUCAGACUAUUGUAUAUCAUUAACCUCUGGAAGUGAAAUAGCCACAACAUACCCUGUUAUUAUCGCAUAUCUGAUGAAUAAAAUUCUUAAUAUAUAAUGAUAGAUAGAGUGAGGAAAAAAAUCAUUCCUUCUAUUCAUUGAUUCUCUAACGUGCCAUAAUCUAACAAUUUUUAAUUAUUGAAUUCUUUAUUACAAAUCUGAUUAAACAGAGUAUGUUAUAUGUGUACAUAUGAUUACAAUAGACAUAUUUCCAUUGGAAUUCUUUGUACUUCUUUGUCCUACAAAUGUUCUCUUCAUCACGAAACUUUCUUUUUUAUUUGCCCCUCCAUUAUGAUUUAAACAAGUAUCAUGAAUAGAGAGAGAGUGUGUUUUUUAGAAUGCAAGAAAGUUGAUUAACAAGUGAUUUUUUUUUCAUUUAGAUGCUGAAUUAUUUGUUAUAUUUUAAGCAUUGUCAACUGUUUGAAAUGAUUCAGUAUUAUAUUUGAAGGGUGGUCAGUUUUGAAUGUUUGAAGUUAAGUGGGAAUUAAAGGUUUAUGUGUCAAAAUAUUUCAUUUAAAGAAAAUAUGCUGAAUGCAAUGUGUACAGUCAUUUAUUGUGAAAUUUGAAGCUUUUGCAGUGAAAUUUGAGAGUUAUCACACAAAUUUUUUGUCUUAUAUUAUCAUUUGCCAAUGCAACAGGAAAUACCUAGUAUAUUUGUGUUAUGUCUAAAAGGGUAAUGGAUGUUUCAAAGGUAUGAAAAAUAAUUAGGUAUUGGAGAAACUAAAUAAAAAAGAAAAA